AUGACUAACAAAAGGAAACCGUACAUACUGAUACUCAGCCAUCCGCUGACUGGCCACAUAACGCCGAUGCUGAGCGUGGCAGGCGCCCUCUUGCCACAGGGCUGGGACGUUGGAUUCAUCGGUCCUACGGCCCAUAGAGACAAGAUCGGGUCCGCGGGCUGCGAGUUCUUCCCGCUCAGAGGCAAGGCGGACAUUAACGACCUGGUAGGAACCCAGGCCGCCCUCUGCGAUGGCGUUGGUGGGCGUGUUUCGGUCCACAUGCGCCGCAUCCUCUCGGACACGCGGGUGCAGUGCUACGAUACCAUCCCGGAUCAAUGGGAAUGCAUCAAGGAGGUCCUGUCCGCGCUGCACGCCCGCGACGCGGACAGGCAGGUCGUGGUGAUCUGCGAGGCGUUUGUGCACGGGAUCCUGCCUCUCAAGUACGGCGCGGGGCUCCCGCCGGGGGUGCCCGAGCCCAGGACCAUCUGCGUUUCGGUGACGCCGCCCAUGAUCCGGACGAGGCUGCAGCCGCCGUUCUACUGCGCGCUGCCGUACGACCCUUCGCCGGCCGGGGAGGCCAGGGCCGCGGAGCUGUGGGAUGAGUGGGGCAGGGGCGUCGGGGCCGAGAUGGGGUCGUACCUCGACGCCAAGAUCAUGCAGGCGGGCGGGAGGCGGAGGACGAAGCAGCUCUUUCUGGAGGGUGCCAACUACACCUGCCACGACUCGAUUCUGCAAUUUGGGUUGGGGAGCUUCGAAUAUCCGCGCGAUGACUGGCCACCGGGGCGAUUUCAAUUCAUCGGUCUGCCUAUGCCGAAGGGUCGCAGGGGUGUCAGCGAGGCCGAGGUCAGGGAUAUACCGUGGUGGAAGCGCUUCGUUGCCAACGCAGAGCUGCCGGCCCGGGAGCCGACCAGGAGCAAGGUAGUAGUCGUGACUCAGGGGACCGUCGAGGCGGACGCGAACGAGCUGAUCGUCCCAACUCUGCAGGCAGUGACUCGGCUGGGCCAAGAGGAAAGCAUGAGACUGUUUCUCGUGGUAAUACUUGGGAUGAGGAAUGCCAGUCUACCUCCCUCGGUGCGCACGGUGCCUCCAAACGUCGGCGUCGUCGACUACCUCCGGUACGGUGCGGUGCUCCCCUACGCCGACGUCUGGGUGCACAAUGGAGGGUACGGGGCGGUCUCGCAGGGCAUCGCAGAGGGCGUGCCCAUGAUCGUGGCUGGAGAGGGGCAGGACAAGGCGGAAAACGCGCGACGGGUUGCUUGGUCCGGGAUGGGUCUGGAUCUCAAGACCGCCAGGCCGACAGCGGAGCAGGUAGCCAAUGCGCUUCUGGAGGUGCUGCGGGAUGGGAGCCAAUACCGGGACAAAGUUAAUGACGCGCAGAAUCACCGUACCCCAUUCACAGCGAUACUCCCCAUCCACCUUCUCAAAAUGGCAAUCGCACCACUGCGCAUUGGCUUUGUGCCGGAGCACUUCUCGACGCCGCUCCACUUUGCCCAACAACACUUUGGCCUACAGGCUGAUCUGAUCCCUUUCCCUUCCGGCACGGGACACAUGAUCACCGCCAUACGGGCUUCAGAGAUCGAUGUCGGUAUCGGCCUGACGGAGGGAUGGAUUGCCGGCCUGGGAAAGGAAGACGUCAAGGAUGAUGGCGGGUAUCGUCUGGUGGGCACUUAUGUCGAGACGCCACUUUGCUGGGCAAUCUCGACGGGCACCAACCGCUCGGAUAUAACAUCAAUCAGCUCACUCAAGGGCGGCAAAAUCGGAGUGUCCCGCAUCGGUUCCGGCAGUUACGUCAUGGGGUUCGUGCUGGCGGACCGCGAGGGGUGGCUCCAGCCUAACGUGAGUCCCUUUUCGCAGACGGUGGUGCUCAACACGUUUGAAAAUCUGCGCAAGGCCGUCAACUCGAGCGAGGCAGACUUCUUCAUGUGGGAGCACUUCACGUCCAAGAAGUACUACGACAGCGGGGAGAUCCGGCGGGUGGGUGAGAUCUACACGCCGUGGAGCAGCUGGAAGAUUGUGGCAUCGACCAAGCUCCUCGCGGGUGGCCAGCGAGACGCCAGGGUGACGGACCUGCUGGGCAAGCUGGACCAGGGCAUCAAGUACUUCAACGAGAACAAGGAGGAGGCCGUCAAGUACAUCAGCACCGCCCUCGACUACUCGGAGGAGGACGCACGCGCGUGGUUGGACACGGUGAAAUUCCCUGCCAAGACGGAUGGCGUCAAGGAGGAAACGGUCGACAAGUGCGUCAACAUCCUGCGCAAGGCGGGCGUUUUGACUGCUGGCAAGGGGAUGGAGCCGAAGCAGAUGGUGGCCUAA